UCUCCCGGGCCUGGGGGCCAGGAGCGCGGUGCACGGCGCAGGAUGGAGACGGUGGUGAUGGUUGCCAUUGGGGUGCUGGCCACCAUCUUCCUGGCUUCGUUCGCGGCCCUGCUCGCUGUGUGCCGCCAACGCUACUGUCACCCGCGUGGCCUGCUGCAGUGCUACGACAUCAACCCGCUCCUUUCCAGACCUGGGGUGGACCUGAUUGGUGCCAUGGAGACGCAAUCCGAGCCCUCUGAGCUGGAGCUGGACAACGUGGUCAUCACCAACCCCCACAUCGAGGCCAUCUUGGAGAACGAGGACUGGGUUGAGGACGCGUCCGGACUGGUGUCUCACUGCAUCGCCAUCCUGAAGAUCUGCCACACGCUGACAGAAAAGCUGGUUGCCAUGACGAUGGGCUCAGGAGCCAAGAUGAAGCCUCCCGCCAGCCUCAGUGACAUCAUCGUGGUGGCAAAGCGAAUCAGCCCUAGAGUGGAUGACGUUGUGAGGUCCAUGUACCCCCCUCUGGACCCGAAGCUACUGGAUGCCAGCACAUGGAAGUUCUUCGUGAAGCGGCUCUGGCCUCCGAGCCAGAAAGACCCCUCCCUGGAGCCGACAGCCUCCUGCAGGAGCAGUCAGCCAUCUGAUGGAUGGGCAGAUGGACGGCCCCACCUUGGCCACCUCCGUUCCCUCUGGGCACACUUGGGGUCAGAGAGGAGCAAGGCCCAUCCAAGAAGCCAUUGCCCUGGCACCCCUACCCCUUUCAUCCCCUGCCCCCCCGACCCCUAGAGCCUAGAGCCUGACAGCUGUGCCUACAGCUCUGUCCUGGUCAUUGCCAUCUGAAUCCCUGGGCUUGUUUGUUUUUGUGUGUCCAGGUCCAUGUAUCUGUUUGUUUGUGUCAGGGGGUGGGGAGUGGUUUCUAUGUGUCCAGCUGUGUCCAUGUGACUGCAAUGUGGGCCCCGGGCCUGUCUGUGUCUUAUGUCCUGAUGACAUCACCAGUGUGACUGUGUCUGUAUGUCUCCGUGGGUGUUAGUGUGUGCACAUCUGUAUUCAUCUGUGACUGCCAAUCUCCUCUUUGAACCUCUUACUGCUUGCUUUAGUGCUACUGCCCAUCCCAUUCCCGCCCUCCCUAGUGUUGGGAUUGGAGCCUCUGCUCACCACACUUCUCAGCGCGGGCUGGGGGUGGUGGGGAGCAGGUGGGCAAUGUCCUGCUCCCAGUGGCCAGGCCCAAGUUCUCCAUCCUUUACCCUCUGUCCCGACUAUCUGUAAGCAGAAAGACCUGUCAGAGGCCCCAUGUCCUCUCUCCCACCUUCUCCAGGGGCCCUUCUUCUGCUGGACAGCUGGACAGCCGGCCGCCUGCCCUGUGGCAGUGGCUUUGCUCAAUCACAGGCCCAGUUUGGACUGCAGAGCCAGGACAGUCAGGUCCAUAGCCAGACAAUCAAUGGGAGGGGCAUCCAGAAGUCCAGAUUGCCUACUCUGGGAAGAUCCUCCUUGCUAGAUCCACAGGGUAGGCCCCAGACCUUCCUCCACCCACACCCACUACCCGGGGAGGUCAGACCACCCGAUGGCUUUGGUAGAUUGUUUCCAGAUGCCAGAAGCUGUUAAUAAAGCAUAUUUAGGUUUGUCCA